UAAAUAUACAGUAUAUGUUUGGUUGGUUCAAAAAGAAGAAGCCAGAAUCGAAUUCAGCUUAACAAGAAGAAAAAGAUGAAAGUGAUUUUGUAGAUGUAUUUGAUGUUGUGGAUUACAUUAGGAUGAAACAUAAGUGGUUACAAACGAGGAUAAAGAAUUGGAGGCUAAAGGCUUUGAUCCAAUAGCCUAAGUUCAAGAGUAGGAUAAAGAGAAUGAAGGAAUUGCAGAUCCUGAUAAAUUAGAAUACGUUGGAUACCAUGACAUCCCAGCUGAUGACAUCCUAUAAUUGGUGCUCAAUUUUAAAUACUUUCCUAAUGAUGAAGACAUUCGUCAUCCAGAGGGGUAUGAAAAGGGAGGCAGAAUUUGUGCCGAUAAGAAAGUAGUAACCAAAGCAAGAAGUGUGGGAAAGGAAAUGGUCAAAUAAAUUGGGAAGAAAAUAUUGUCAGGAUCCUUAAAUCUUACUAAAGUCAGUUUCCCUAUUAGGGUCAUGAUUCCCAAGACUGCCUUGGAAACAUCGGUUCAUGGAAGUAUCACCCAUUAUUUAGCAACUAGCCUCUGUUUUCCCCUUGUACAUUACCAAAGCCACGAUGACACCUGAUUUCUUAGAGAGAUUCAAACUUGUUAUUACAGCCACUCUGUCUUCAUUUUUCUGGACGAACACCUUCCUAAAACCUGUAUUUUAUUUAUUAUAUCAAAGCUCAACCCAAUACUAGGAGAAACUCUUCAAGCCAAUUAUAAUGAUGGUACUCAAGUUUAUUGUGAAUAAAUCAUGCAUCACCCUCCUGUCAGUUAUUUCUUGGUCUUUGGUCCAAAUAGAAAAUACAAAUAUUAUGGAUACUAUCUAGUCGAAGGCAGAGCUGGAUUAAACUCUGUUACUGUAUAUUUCUAAGUUCUAAUUUUAGAUCAUUAAUAAAGGCAAAAGAUCGAUUGAAUUCAACGAUGGAUAAAAAAUUGACUUUGAUUUCCCCAAUGAAUUGUAUAGUGGCACCUUCUUUGGGUAAUUAAGGUAGGAGUCCAUCGACAGAAUUACUUUCACUGACAAAGCCAAUGGUCUGUCAUGUAUUAUCGAUAUAGGCAAAGUCAAAAAAAGGUAAAUCCUAUUUCAUAUUAAAGAACAUCUGAUUUCUUUUAAGCCGAUGUUACCUGCAAAGGUUAGAAGGUUUCUACAGUUUUUGGAACAUACAUUGGAUUCAUCAAUUUCGAUAAUGUGAGAUAUUGGGACUACAGAUACGUUGUUCCUCAUAAAAUUAAAAUGGAUAAAUAACCAUUGGAAAGCGAUCACAAAAAUAGGUCAGACUUGUAAGCUUUGAAAGUUGGUGAUAUUCCUUUAGCCUAAAAAAAUAAAGAGAUACUAGAAAAUCUACAAAGAAAUGAUAGGAAGUUAAGAGAAACAUAUGAAAAGCAAAAGAAAUCUAAGAAGUGA